AUGUUCAACAAGACAGGAGGUCUUGCCACGAAAGAUGCACUGCCGUCGCUAGAGUUGCCAAACUGGACAUCAGAACAAGAUGCACAUACGCUGUUGCUAGUCACAUCGCCCACUCGAGCCAGUCAGACGCACCUGGAACAAAUGGGAAACGAUGGCGAAGGCGGCAGGCAAAACCCGCCUCAAGUCAUGAUGGUGCUUCUCGGUCAUCCCGCGCGUGACCCCACUCCCCCACCUAUAACAAAACUUGGACCAGGAUUGAGACCAAGAUACUACUUCAGUACUCCUUUAUGA